AUUCGAGGGUUUUAAUUGAGAUAUUUCCUUUCGUCUCUUUUCUCAAAUCUCAACAAAAAGUAGCGCAAAAGAUCAAUAGAAUAGCUUUAAAACUAACGAGUGGUCUUGCUCCCAUCACAUGCCUUGCUAUCAAAGACAUUAGGCAAAUCCCCCUCAUGCCCCAAUUCACAGCACCAUCCCAGUCCAUCAUGUCCUCAUUUCAUGCCAUUUCCUUCUCUCCUUUCCUUUCUUGACCUAACAUGUUCAAAUUCUUUACCCCACAGCUCUCUCCAGCACUAAACAAAACUCCACAACAGUCAUUAUUCGGUCAGUCUCUUUCAUUGCUUUCCAAUUCAUAGUUAAACAAAACCCACCUACGCAACAUAUCCCAUGACCAAAUCAAAACCAGUACAGAGCCACAUACCCCGUUGACACUCAGUUUUUCCUUUGCCCAGAAAUACACUCAAAACGAAAAUUUUUUCAAAAAAACCAAACCAAAGCCUCAUCAUUCUUUAAUUGACCUUGCCCUUCCCAGGUUAUUCCUGUCCUUACCAAUUCCCUCACUCUCUCUCUGAUUCCUCUUUUCUUUACUAAUCUUCAAAACCCUAAAAAAGGACCCUUCUUUAGUCUCUUCUUUGAUCAUGCCCUCUUUAUUUCCUUGUAAAAAUCACUACUUUUCCAAAACCCUUGAUUCUCCCCACAAAAAGCUAACAUUUUAGGGUUUAUUUUCCAAUUCCAAGCCUAACCCAUUUUUCUACGCACAAUGUCGGAUGAUAUGUUAAUGCAUUUCUCUUCAAACUCUUCGAACCAGUCAGACCAAUCUUUGCCUACUAAAAUUGCUAAACUUGAAGCUCGUAUGGUUGGCAAGGUACCUUCUGUCACUCCUGGCCCCCCUGUUCAGCUACAGCAACAGCAGCCGCAGCAUCAACAACAACAGCAACAGCAACCCAUUUGGUCCUCUGUUUCUCCUGGUCCGAAAUUUGGGCCUCCUGAGGAAUUGGCAGAGUCUAGUGAUUCUGACGAUGAUAAUGGAGGGGAAUUUCUUAUACAAGCAAACACUCAGAAGCGCCAAAGAUUACAAGAAAAUAACAAUUCAGCUGUCAUCGAACAUCUUGAGGCAGUGAAUGAUGGAAGGCAAAAGACUGGGGAAACUGAAGAGACCAAGGGCGGUUCUGAUACAAACAGGAAAAAACAAGGUCGUGGCAGGGGUCAGUCUAAUUCUGGUAGAGGUCGUGGUUCCAGAGCUAAUGAUCAGAUUAGAUCACAAGUUUCUGUUUCAACAGCCUCACCUUCAAAUGGUCAGCUUGAGAACUCGUAUCUCAAGGAUAACAGGCCCAAAGAGCACUUCAGAAAUGAUAAUCACAUAUCCUUAGAGGAGGAGCUUGCAUCUUUACGUGCAAAAGUUUCCAUUCUAGAGGAAGAUCUUCGUAAAUCUCGUCAAGAGGCCUCUAAUAAUCAUGAUCUCUGCCACCGGUUAGAAAAGGAAUUGAAGGAACACAAAGAUUAUGAACAACAAAUGAAGCCAAAGAGAACAAAAAUUAUAUCUGAUCUGCUGAUAUCUGUUUCAAAAGCAGAGAGACAAGAAGCCAGGAUGAAAGUUCGCCAGGAUUCUUUAAGACUUGGCAGUGUGGGUGUUAUCAGAGCUGGAACUAUCAUAUCUGAGACGUGGGAGGAUGGGCAAAUGCUGAAAGAUCUAAAUAUUCAUCUUAGACAGUUAUUAGAAACUAAGGAAGCUAUUGAGCGACAGCGGAAAUCAUUGAAGAAACGACAAUCUGACAAGGGUGACGGUACAGAUGCAGAAUCAGGAGUACAAGAAGAAGAUUUUCUCAUCCAGGAUGAGAUUUUUAAAUCUCGUCUCGUGAGCAUGAAGCGUGAGGAAGAGACUAUUUUGCGUGAAAGAGAUCGCUAUGAACUGGAAAAGGGACGGCUCAUACGUGAAAUGAAACGGAUACGAGAUGAGGAUGGUUCACGUUUUAAUAAUUUUCAGAUUUUAAAUCACCGAUAUGCCCUUCUAAAUCUUCUUGGUAAAGGGGGAUUUAGUGAGGUUUACAAGGCUUAUGAUUUGGUGGACCAUAGAUAUGUUGCAUGUAAGCUUCAUGGUCUGAAUGCUCAGUGGAGUGAGGAUAAGAAGCAAAGUUACAUUCGGCACGCACUGCGAGAGUACAAUAUUCACAAGACCUUGGUGCAUAAUCACAUCGUUCAGCUUUGGGACAUUUUUGAAAUUGACCAGAAUACAUUCUGCACUGUCUUGGAGUACUGUAGUGGUAAAGAUCUUGAUGCUGUUCUUAAAGCUACACCUGUAUUACCUGAGAGGGAAGCUAGGAUUAUUAUUGUCCAGAUAUUUCAAGGCCUUGUAUACUUGAAUAAAAGAUCUCAGAAGAUUAUCCAUUAUGAUUUGAAGCCUGGGAAUGUUCUUUUUGAUGAAUUUGGCAUUGCAAAAGUUACUGAUUUUGGUCUUAGCAAGAUUGUGGAGGAAGAUGUUGGAUCACAGGGAAUGGAACUUACAUCUCAGGGAGCUGGAACGUAUUGGUAUUUGCCACCAGAAUGUUUUGAGCUCAGCAAGACACCUUUAAUAUCUUCAAAGGUUGAUGUCUGGUCAGCUGGAGUACUAUUUUACCAAAUGCUCUAUGGCAGACGUCCUUUUGGGCACGACCAAACCCAAGAACGAAUACUUCGUGAAGAUACAAUUAUAAAAGCUCGCAGGGUUGAAUUCCCUUCAAAGCCUACUAUCUCAAACGAGGCAAAGGAUUUGAUUCGUCGAUGUCUAACCUAUAACCAAGCAGAUAGACCAGAUGUCUUGACCAUUGCUCAAGAUCCAUACCUUACUUACGUAAAGAGGUAAAGAGUGUACAAAGUCACAGAUUAAAGAUUUGUAGAGGGCGGGGAGGUGGAAGAUUUCCUUUUGGCCAAGCUGGAAACAAAGUUGUUGCCGUAAAACUUGGAAUUUUGUAUAGGUUGUAAAGAUUUGUAACUUUCCCGUGCUUUUUCAAGGUAACAAAUCUAGGCAUCUGCUCCCCCGUCCCCUCCUAGUUCAUUUUUGUUUCGUUCGUUGUAAUUCUUGCCUGUAUCUUCUCCGCCUUCAGGAAAAAAGAAAAUGAAAUAUAUAGAUAAAUUGGUUUAACUUGA